UGGACACGGUUAUCUCCCUUUCAUUCAGUUCAACCAUUUGUACUGAUUCGUUGUAAUCGGAAGUGUAUUUUAUUAUUUCAUUCUUUCAUAGAUUAUGUAAAGAAAAUCAAGUUAUGGUAAAUGAGUGAACGUUAGAAAAACCGGUGUACCGCUAAACCAUGGCCAAACCUGUCUUUAAUAUAUGCGAAUGGCCGGCAUCUUUGUACAAUAACAAGAAAAGACGAUGGAAUUAUGGCACAUUGGUAGUAACGGCAGAGGAAAUAGUGUUCACCCAACAAAAUAACAGUGGUAAAAAUGAUGAACUAAUUUCAAUACCAUAUGAGGAUUUGAUAGAUGUAAGAAAAUCUACAACUGGUCUUGUAUUUGGAGCUAUUUUUAUCGUAACUAAAGAAAAUGAGAAGAUCUGGUUUUCAUCUUUGCCUGAUCGGGAAGGCGUUUAUGGAACAUUGAAACAUUUCUGGCAAGCAAAGCUCUUUCAGAAAAGCAAUAGCGCAAUGAAAAAUUCCAAAGGACAGAAGACAAGGAUGGGGCAGAAAUUGCUCGGAAUUGUUAAAGACUCAGAGCAGACAUUAUCAAAUGCUGCAGUUCAACUGUAUGAUCAAGGCAAACAGAUAGAUCAUACUAUGGAUGUAAUGGCCGACCUUCAUAAUGACCUUGACAUUGCUGACAAUCUUGUCAAGGACAUUGAUAGUUGGAUUGGGAGAUGGCGUUUACCAUCCGAGUAUAAAACUGUUGAUCCAGUAGUUGUUAAUAAGAGCGACAUUCCAGAGGUUUUCGAAUAUGAAAUACUGUUUACGAAGCUUGAAAUAAGUCGGGCAAACACUAGACAGGUUGGGAGUUUAAGGAUCUCUAACGAUGGUUUGACCAUUUUGAAUAUAAAAAUGAAGACAGAGUUUCAUUUUAGAUGGGCUGAUGUAUCCAAGCUGCGUGUCGUGACACCGUGGGAAUUGAUGGUGAUAAAAUAUCAGAUUGGAAAGCCUGACCUAGUUUAUGGUCUUGUCAGUGCUAAUAUGGUAGCUAUUUUGAAAUUACUGGAUAACUGUGCUAAAUACAAGCUUACAUAUGAUACUCCACCCGAACCAAUUCUUUGCACUAGACAUCCACAGACCACCAGGGAGAAAGAGUCCUUAUACACUACAGAAGACAAAGACAAUGUAACAUCAGGUGCUAGAGGGUCUGUUGACUCUACAAGAUUAAUGGGCGUGGACCAGAUUCAAAUUGACCAAUCACAACAAGUUGUGAGUGAAAGUGAGGCUGACGAAAUCAGCAGAACAUUGGGUGGACUGAAAUCAUUGGAUCUGGCAGUUCACUAA